AUGGCAAGCAGUGGCUCAAAUACUACAAACCAAGAUCAUGCUCUUCAAGUGAUCAAAAAAUAUAAAACUUAUGUGGACAUGAUUGCUGAAGUCAAUAUACGUAAGUACUGUAUAUACAGGGUGUCUCAGAAAAACGCAACCUCGGAAUUUCCUAGGAAAUCGACAUUGUUUUAAAGACAAAGAUUUUAGGCGCCUGGGAAUUUAAAAUAGCACAACUGUCAAAAUUACUGCACACGCGAGUGCAUAAAGCAAAAUUUAUGCAUUUAUUUAGUGCACAACAACAGUAAUACGAUCUAUUAGCAAUUCGAUUUCAAUUCCCAGGGGCCUAAAAUCUUUGAUGCUUAAGAAUUGCAAAGUGAUUUCUUAGGAAAUUCCGAGGUUGCGUUUUUUUUUUAUUCACCCUGUAUAUGCAAUCAAAUUUGUAUAGUUGUAUUAAUCAUGACAAAAACAAAAACACAGCAUUGUCUGUUUUAAAUUUGGCUAUUUUAAACAUGGACUGAGAUUUCAAUUGGGCUGGUAUUCCAAAGGUCGUAGGUUCGAUUCCCACCGUGGUCAGGCAUAUUUUUCAAGCUUGCCCGGUGUGGAUAUACACUCAGAGUAACAUCACAAGCAUCAGGCUGGUGAUGUUUGGUUAGUUUUGAUAUGUACUACUACUGCCUGUAUACUGUACAUCAAACUGUACAAGUAAUAUAAAUCAAUAGAGAUGCGCAGAUCAGAAUAAAAUAGGUUUAUCAUAUAUUUUGUUUAGCUGAUGAAAGCAAGUUGAAUGCAGCUCAGGAAAUCAGUGAAAACUUUGAAGUAUGUGACAUCUUGUGCAGUCUGUAUUUAAUAAUAAAUAACUGACUGUAUUUAACAAAAAUAAUAACUAAAUACAGUAAAAUAUAGGGGGUGCUACUCAUUAUUUAGAAUGAGAAUUAAGGGUGGCAUCUCAAAAUGGGGGAGGAAGUGAUAUAUAAGGGGGGAGGAAGUGAUAUAUAAAAGUCUGUCGUUCAACGGUUUUCGGCCAAGAUUGCAGGUUCGCUCUGGCUAUGUAAUUGCACAUCCCACCAUUUCAUGCCCAUGGUAAUGAUGUAUUAAUAUUGAUUUAAUAUUUGCUUUCGAAAUAUAUUUCUUUGUUUUCGACGUACUAGGUGAUCAUUGUUUCUCCGCACUAUGCUGGAUUUUUGGAAUUUGCCAUUCCAAGAUUUCUUCAAUUUCUCAGAGAUGGUAUGAAAAUAAAAUAUGGAAGUUCACUAAUUUUAGCCAGUACGACAAUCAGAUUACCAUUUAUGUUCAGUAUGUUGCGUUCUUUAUUUCUCAAUUUUUCUCAAAUUUGGCUAGUACAUGACAAACUUAGGUUUGAGUGAAUUUAUUACAUUGCAUUAAGUUAUUUUUCAACUUGCUUCUGUUCUGUUUGAUGCAUGCAGAUAACAACGUGCAGUAAAGUACAUAAAUACAUGUAGGUAGAACACAUGUACUGUAAAGAGAAGUAACUUUCAUUUUUGUGUAGGUGAGCCACAGUUCAUUGCUGAAGGGGUCGUUCAGGUGAGGAACUAUUGCCUUUUAGGAACUGACACAAACAUUUUUUGUGCACACCAUAAAUGAGUAGGACUUUCCUUUGCUGUCAUUUUGCAAUCCCUAUAAAAGUGUGUCGAAAAAGAAAUUUAGCCUCAACGCGAAAUUUGAUUACACGCCUAUUUGUAUCCCGUAAAUAAUUGUACCUUUUAUGCUUUGUUUGCCUUUUCAGCAACUGCGCAAACUUAUUUUGGAAAUAAUUCAUCGUAUUCCAACAAAUGACCACCUAAGACCACAUUAUAAGGUAAGAUCAUAGUUUUUAUUCAACUGUGUACAGUAUAUCUAAAUUGCAUGAUAGCUCCACGUACCUUAUGGAAUUACAGUACACCGAUAAAAGAAAUAAUUUAAACCAGCAUUAACUUUCUUGAAUAAUAUUGAUCUUUAUUUUAGAAUAUUCUUACAGCAAUGUUUCAUUUGUUGGAAGUAAGUAUAAGUCAUUAUAAUUAUACCGCCAUGAACUGUGCAGGCGUAUGUAGUUGUUGCAUAGUUAUUGUGUUGUUGGGUGAUGUUACUGUCAUGGUGAUUUCACCUUUACAAUCGGGUUUGUCCGGUUUGAUUUCUGCAUUAUGCAAUUAUAUAAAUAUAAUUUCGCACUUCCAGUUUGACUCUGCCUGUUGUUGACUCUAUUAAAUCAUGCAUGCAGGUUGUCUCCAGAUAUUCUCGUUUCCACUUGCUGGUUUUUCAUCCUUACUGGUUUUUCCAGGGAAAACAGUUUUGAAGUGAACUUUCUAGUAAUAAAGUUCAGUUCAGUUAACAGAAAUUAACAGAUGUUUCCAUGUUAUGUUUUCUUGUUUAAAUAGUCAGAGAAUGAAGAAAAUGUUUUGGUUUGCCUACGGAUUAUCAUUGAACUACAUCGUCAGUUCCGACCUCCCAUGCAAUCCGAGAUCCAACACUUUCUACAUUUUGUGAAAAAUAUUUAUAAAGAAUUAUCCAACAACAUUGUAAGUGUUUUGUCAUAUUUUGAUACAGUGGAAUCUCUCUUUGCGGACACCUAUUUAACACGGACACAUCUUUAUUAUGUUGUAGUACUAUUCGUUUAUAGAUACUGACGUGUGGGCAUGUUCUCAGUCGCUGAACACGCAAAACAUUCACGUGUUAAAGUGACGUAAUUGUGUUGAUCUGUAUAAAACGGACACCUCUCAAAUACGCACACUUGCUCUGUUCUGCGGUGUCCGUAUUAGAGAGAUCCAACUGCAUUUGUGCGUUAGAAAUGCACUUUACCUCUGUUUGAACUCAUGCAACCGCGUAUCUAUGUACUGUAUUUUCAGGACUGUUUACUGUCUAUAUAUACAUCGGGAUGAUAAUUUAUAGGUAUACUGUAAUUUCAUAAUUUUAGAAAUCUUCAUUUGAAGUGGUACAUAUCACAGCGACAGGUUACUUAGCAGCAGAAGUGAAUGGUGGGGCUACUACAACUCCCAGUGCUCCAAGUACUACUGUUUUGAGCAGUCCAAAUCAAGCCACCAAAACUAGUGGAGAUCUCACUAUGGCUGCCAAAGGGGGUCAACAGGUAUCCAUUAUUAAUGGAAGUAAUAUCGAUUUUGUAAACAGUUAAUUACUGUAAUGCACCCUUCCGGGAAGUACUCAGCCUUGGCUAUAGAGCCUCGUUUUCGUGAUUGAGACAUUGGGCUUACAGCUCUUUAUCUUCUUACAGCUGACGAUACAUUUACAAGAUCAUACAGUAUAUUAAAUAAUAUAAAAGACCUUUAUGCAAUUAGGUCAUCAGUGACAAAAUAAAGGGCUUUACUGUAUAUCCUACUGAGGAAGUUGCGAGGGAUAAACCAGGCGAGAAUCGUAAUCUGAUGAUAAAGAUCAAUGCUCAGCAUAAUGUCCGUUGAAUAACAGUCAUUAUUAUUAGCAUGACAAAAUUACUGGAUGCUGAUUGGUUGAGGGGAGUACAAUUAUUUCAUUAAUUGUACUGCAGUACAAUUAAUGAUUUCCUCAAAACAAACAAAAUGGCGGAAAGGUAUUUUAAACACAAGCGUGAAAUGAAAUUGUCCUAGAGGAACUAGAUGAAAAUACAAACAAAAGCACCAAAUUUUGCUUUAACAAAAGAACUAAGUGAAAAUACGGACAAAAGCACCAAAUUUUGGUUGAAAGUCUGGCAGGACUGGGCUUUGGCGAGAGAAUAUAUGAUGUUAACAUUGAGAAGUAUCCAAUUUUGUCAUGCUAAUAAUAAACAAGUAAUCAUGCGAUGUUGCUCAUACAAUUAUGGAUUAAUAGUACUCGUGAUGUUUGGAAAUUUGCCAAAUUGGACGAGCCGCCGGGGCGAGUUUCCAAACAUCACGAGUAUAAUUAAUUUCCAAACAUCACGAGUACUAUUAAUCCCUAAUUGUACGAGCAACAUCGCAUGAUUACCUAUACUAAUAAAAUGAAGUUUUAUAAAAUUAUAUAAAAAUGAAACUUUAGAAAAUUUCAUUUUGUUAUGACUAUUAUUCUACGGACAUUACAGUGGACAUUGAUCUUUAUCAGGGAGGGACUUCGCUUGAAAUGUCGAAGUGUCUUUAUCAGGUACUUCAGACAACAAUCACUGCAGGUUGCCUAAAAUGAUAACUUUUAAGAAAAAUUUUAUGACGUGUUUUUGCAUCAACAUACAGUACAACUGCUAAUUUGAAUUUUUCAGCAAACUGUCAUACCGAAAGCUGUUACAUCAUUGAAAGUUUUGGCUGAGUUACCAAUUAUUGUCGUACUGCUGUUUCAGGUAUGUUACCUUAAUUUGUACUCGUCAAAUAUUACUGUACGAUUCGAAGGCAUCUUAAAAGCACCCUCCUUCAUGGUACAUGCAUAUGUACAAUGCUUAACUUGUAUACUCUAUACAUGUAUUUGCAUGGGAGCUAGAAAGUUUACUACUGUACUGCAUGUCCGAACUUCGUAGGGACAAAAUCCUCAAGUUAAUAUUACGAGAUUAGAGUAAUAUGUUUGUUUGUUUGUUUGUUUCUUUUGACAGCUUUAUAAACAGAAUGUUCUGGGGGAAAUCCGAGAGUUCAUACCGUUAAUCAUGAAAACCAUAGUCUUGCAGCCUUCUAUGAAAGCAAGGUCAGUUCAUGUAAAAUAGAUAUUCGAGCUCAUUUGCACUUGAUGAUGACAAAAACAGUAAUUGAAUAAUAAUAUGAAUUCUAUUAAUACUGUAACUUUGUAGUAAAUAACUGGGUAAGCAUGUUGAUAAAUAUAAUAAUGUACACAUGACUACCUAUAAGAGCGUCUUUUUACUUGCGCUGAUGAAAAUCUGGAAUUAUUGUUUGAAAACUAUGCGAACUAAAUAAAAGUGGAAUUUUCCACAAUUACCAAUCUACAGUAUUAUACUUGUAAUUUGCUUUUACUGAAGAGUAAAAUCCAACCCUACCCUGCCCUGAUUACUCUAGCCCCCAAAUCUAGUACCGUAUUUACUAUUUUAUAUCAGUAUCCAAACUCAACAGUUUGUCCUUUUCUUCUUUCAAUAGAAAUGCACCAAGUUUCAACAAAGAAGUGUAUGUUGAUUUUGUUGCAGCUCAAAUUAAAACUCUUUCAUUUCUCGCAUUCAUCAUCAGAGCUUACCAGGUCAGUCGAGUUGGAAAAUAUUUUGUACAUAUCGAUUUACAGUAUUAUGUUUCAUCUUUCAGUAUGCGAGCUUCCAUUAACAAGUACAAUUUAAAUACAAUCCUAUAACCCAUAGUUAAUAGAAAUAUGCCUAACUCUAACCGUUGUUUUAACCCUAACCCAAAUCUUCCAGGAAAAUCACCCUAACAGUAACGGUUUCGUCUAGUUGCAUCUUAUACAUCGAGGAAUUAUAUUUGAUUAUAUGUUUUAGGAGUAUGUCAAUAACUUUUCUCAAAACAUGGUUGGUGGAAUGCUGGGAUUGUUCCGGUAUUGUCCUCAGGUACACCAAGUUUAUUUGAGUUUUAAUAACUUGCCCGCAUGAACGGUUUUAUAUAAGCAUGGAUAGAUCUAUGUGGGUAAAGCGAUUUCGGUAAAUCUCGGGUAUAGCCGGACUGGCUUCUUCCUUACAAUUUACAACAACGUAAAACGUAAAUCCAGUUUGCCGUUUCCAUUUAAAAAUGAAAGGACGGAGGCUGCACUCAUCUUGCGAUACUAAUUUCUAAUAUCAUAAAAUCACCCAAGGCUCGUAACUUUUGAAUGACUUUUCAGGAAAACGUUGAGUUAGUUAAUACUUUUCACGUACUUCUUGUAAUUUUCUUGUUUUCAUUCUAGGAAGUUGCACAUUUGAGAAAAGAAUUGUUGAUCGCGGCACGCCACAUCUUGGUUACUGAUUUACGAAACAGUAUGUAUUCUUGCGCUAAAAUUUCUCAUUGACGUAAAAUUUAAGUUCAUCUUGUUAUAACAUUGGCGUAAAAUUUAAGUUCAUCUUGUUAGAAAGACUUUUAAAAUCCAACUAUAUAAGUUUAACAUUCCAUCGAUAUCUUCCUUUGUUUUCGAAAUAUUUCCGUUUAUUCGGUAUGCAUAUGGUUCAAUCUGUGACUUCACAAGCAUGAAGGCGAAAAAUUUGAAAUGCUGAUUAAUCUGCAUGACAAAAAUAGUAUCAAACAAACUCACUCUUUUAGAUUUUAAAUCCUAACACAAUAAUGAGAAUUUGUAACAGAAAAUCAUAAAGUGCAUAAAGUACGUGUAAUUUUGGCCGUGGUAAUGAUUAUACCGCCGUAUAUCAUAGAAACUGUUUCCGAAAAUGAAGCCGACAGAAAAGACAUCGAAAAAUUAUAAAAAAAUUUUUCUUAGUUUGCAGUUUUUUAAUGCCGUGCUCAAACGAAUUUUGGCAUCGUUUUAUAUUCGCUGCAUGCGUGAGUUUGUUAGUGUGUUAGUUGGUUAGUUUGUUUGGAAUCAUAAGCCUUGGUAAGGUAUUUAUUCAAAAAUAAAUGUUUUGUCUUGUUUUGUCUUUCUCCAGGGCACCGCACUGUUGUAUACUAUAAGCCUGGUUUUUAUUGCCAAUGGUUUUUUUACCAUGUUCAUUUAUGUCCUUACUUUCGAUAUAAGUUUUGAAAUAAAGAAAGUACUCACUAUAAGCGCUAGAAAAGGAAUUUGGUUGAGUUCCUAUUCCAACAAGAUAUUGGUUUAAUUUGGGCAUUGUUUCAUUGUGACCGUGCUGUAUCUUGUCAGGAUUUGUUCCUCAUAUUGAUCAGUUGUUUGACGAAGAUGUUUUGAUUGGUUCUGGAUGGACAGCGCGUGAAUCACUACGACCACUGGCAUACAGUACGUUAGCUGACCUUGUUCAUCACGUGAGAAGUCAUCUUCCACUUCAACAUUUAUCACUGGCUGUACAUUUGUUUUCGAAAAACGUCCAUGAUGAAUCUCUGCCAGUCAGCAUUCAAACCAUGUCGUGUAAAGUAAGUCAUUAACUAUAUGAUUGUUCUAGAGUCUAACUAAUCGUUGGAUACUUAAGCCCCGUUUACACUACGCUCAAUUUUUGGUACGGCACGGAUAAAAUUGGUACCCGUACCACUUUUUUUUGGUUCUUGGACUACCUAUUUAGAUAGUCCAAGUGGCACGGUACCCAAAAUCGAGCGUAGUGCAUGUAAACGGGGCUUUAGUGUCGUUGACACAAGGCGUGUUUGCCCAAUUCAUCCUAUAAGGCCUACUUUGGAGGCCAAUGUCGCCUAACGUCGCCUAAUUUCGCAUAAUGUCGCCUAAUGUCGCCCCAUGUGCACCCAAUUUUUGAACUUUGCCUAACAGUCUAUUCGCUCAAUGUCUCACAGUUUCGCCCAGCGACGCAUAUACUACUUUUUUUUGAAAAUUGCCAAUGUCGCACAAUGUUGCCCAUAAUAACGGCGACCUUGGCCCCUAAACUAGGCCUAUCCUAGCUUUGGCUAGACAAGGACUCAUGUGACAAGUGCUCGACAAUUAGCCUUACUCCGAUUUUCCCGCCAUUUCUGGGGUACUGCCUCUCCCACGUUUGAGAGUCUCCGCACCACAAAAUACAACUUUAUAGUAUUAUAGUUGUUUGUAUAAUUUUUACACUUACAACUUUUAAAAGUCGCUUUUCACGUUGUUUGAAUUGUCUAGAAUCUUUCACGAGGGCAGACAGUACCCCAAAAUGGCGGAUUUUGGUCUUCGUAAGAAAGGCUAAUUAGGCGUUGAGGAAAUUUUUCAUGAAUAUCAUCAAUAUAAACGUACCUUAUAACAUCUCAUCCUUUUUUACCAGUUGCUACUCAAUCUGGUGGAGGGAAUACGUAAAAGUGACGAACAGGGAACGGUAAGUUUAUAA